AUGAAGGCCGCCGCCGCCGCCGCCUCACAGUUAACUCGGCUGUCCUAGGCCGGAACCGCAAGGCACGCUGGGAAUUUGAGGCCGCCGCAGCCGCAAGGAGCGCCGGGAAAUAGCAGUUAAGGCGCCUGAUAGUUUUUACUCGGCUUUUAAUAGGCUGGGGCCGCAAGGCACGCUGGGGAAUGAAGGCCGCCGCCGCCGCCUCACAGUUAACUCGGCUGUCCUAGGCCGGAACCGCAAGGCACGCUGGGAAAUGGAGGCCGCCGCUCCUUCUCACAGUAAACUCGGCUGUCCUAGGCUGGAACCGCAAGGCACGCUGGGAAUUUGAGGCCGCCGCCGCCGCAAGGAGCGCCGGGAAAUAGGAGUUAAGGCGCCGGGGCUCCCUGCGUUCCCUCAUGGGGUUAAUUCAGGCCAGGACCGCUGGGAAAUGAGUUCAAAGAAGCGAGGGCCUGCCUCCUUCCCUGACAGUCGACUCGGCUUUCAAUAGGCUAGGGCCGCAAGGCACGCUGGGAAAUGGAGGCCGCCGCCUCCUUCUCACAGUUAACUCGGCUGUCCUAAGGCCAGAACCGCAAGGCACGCUGGGAAACGGAGUCAAGGCUCCCUGUGGGUGAACUAAGCUCUUUCGCCCAAACCGCAAGGCAUGCUGGGAAACGGUGGGCUUCUUAUCCCAACCGACCGCGCGCGCAAGGCACGCCGGGAAAUGGCCACCGGGACCGUCCCUCAGUGAUCUCCCGAUCUGUGUUGUUUUCUCUGUGCGUUUCCAUGGUGCUUUUCCCUCAGACGGCAAGUCAGAGGUCUCUUUCCCCGGCUCUUUCUGUCAUGAAUAACGGAGAGGGAGAGAGGCUGGCGCGCAAGGCACGCCGGGAAGUGGAGUUCCCUAUGCGAACUUCCUCAGCGGGGGUUUCUCUAGCGCAUGGCAUGCUGGGGCUUGAAGUACCCAGCCCCCGCGCAACGACCGACAGGGGAGGGCACAGCAAGGCACGCUGGGAAAUGAGAGCGCGGCUUCGCUCUUACCACGGUGAUUUAUGGAACUCCUCAGAGCGCAUGCGCGGAGCUGAAGGCACGUGGGGCAAUGGAGUAUUCCUUUAGAGGGCGCACGUGUGUAGGGCAUUCUGCAACUUGGUGGCAUCGAAGUAACAUUUAUAAAAUAUAUAUUUAAAAUGCAGCUUAGGUCCCUCUCUGUUUUAUAAAUGUUGCAUUUAAUUUAUCGUAGAUUAUUGCAUUUAAUUUAUUGUAGAUUAAUUCAUACAGUAUAUAAAAUGUAUAAAUGUGGACUGUUAGAAAGAGGUUGGAGAAAGAAAAUUAGGCCGUUUUGGUAGAUAUGAUAUAAAGGAUUAAGCAAAAAUGAGCUGAUAAAAUUGAUGAAACAGAUGAUGUUUAACUAUAUUAUUUUAAAUUAAAAUACGUAAAUGAAAAUAAGGUUAGAAGGAUUUGCUGGAAAUACGAUUUGAAUUAGAAUACAAAAUUGGGAGGUGAGAGGAGGUCAUGGAAAUAAGUAAAGGGAAAAGGUUAUGUAAAGGUUUAAUCUGUUUUUGUUCUAUUUUAACCCAAUGCAUUUUUAUAUUUUUCGUUCUGUUUUCCUUUUACUAUUUUAUUGUUUACUUUUUUCUUGUUACUUUUUGCUUUGUUAAAUUUUUCUUUGUAUUUUGUAUUGUUUUUUUUCUCCUUUUGUAAUUUUAAACUUGGAAUAAAUAUCAUUUAAAAAAUAUAAAAUGUAUAAAUGUUGUUGUUGUUUAGUCGUGUCCGACUCUUCGUGACCCCACGGACCAGAGCACGCCAGGCACUCCUGUCUUCCACUGCCUCCCGCAGUUUGGUCAAACUCACAUUAGUAGCUUCGAGAACAGUCCAACCAUCUCGUCCGUUAUCAUCCCCUUCUUUUUGCGCCCUCCAUCUUUCCCAGCAUCAGGGUCUUUUCCAGGGAGUCUUCUCUUCUCCUGAGGUGGCCAAAGUCUUGGAGCCUCAGCUUCAGGAUCUGUCCUUCCAGUGAGCACUCAGGGCUGAUUUCCUUCCGAAUGGAGAGGUUGGAUCUUCUUGCAGUCCAUGGGACUCUCAAGAGUCUCCUCCAGCACCAGAAUUCAAAAGCAUCCAUUCUUUGGCGAUCAGCCUUCUUGAUGGUCCAGCUCUCACUUCCAUACAUCACUGCUGGGAAAACCAUGGCUUUAACUAUACGGACCUGUGGGUGCUAGACACCCUAAAUUCCUGGGUCUAAUAGGUGUGAGACUUUAAUCAAUGCUUGGAGUGUUAAAACCAGGAAAUAGCCGGACCCUGUGUAUUAGGCUCAGAGACCAGGGGCUGCCUUGAAGACCCCCAAAGAGAGGGGGGAGAGGAGGUUGAGGGAGCACUCCACAAGUGAGGUGUUCAAAAAGGGGUGAGGGGCUACUGGCUCUGCAGUCAGUGGCUGACAUAAUUGGGCUCCUGAGCCCCACAGGGGUGCCAAAGUAGUUGGUCAAGGGAGCCAUGGACUCAAAAGAUUGAAAACCUUUGGUUUACGAGGCCAGUUCUGAGAAGCUAAGUUACAGGGAACCAGGCAGAGGGCCUUCUCAGUGGUGGCGCCCACCCUGUGGAACGCCCUCCCACCAGAUAUCAAAGAGAAGAACAACUACCAGACUUCUAGAAGACAUCUGAAGGCAGCCCUGUUUAGGGAAGCUUUUAAUGUUUGAUGCAUUACGGUAUUUUAAUACUUUUUUCGAAGCCGCCCAGAGUGGCUGGGGAAACCCCGUCCAAUAGGCGGGGUAUAAAUAAUAAAUUAUUAUUAUUAUUUAUUUUGUGGCUGAAAGUCUGGACUCUCACCAGGUUUUCUUCUCCCACCCCCACCUCCUUUAAAAUACUUUUGAGUCGCCAGUUGUUCUCUUCUUUGUAGUUUAAAUCAGUCAAGUGGCCAAUUUUAUUUUGUUUUGCAGCAGAAAGCCCUUACUUCCACCAGGUUUCCUUCUUUUUUCACAUUAGAACAGUUAAAGAGGUCAGUUUUCCUCCUCCUUGCAGCUUAAAACACUUAAAUGGCCAGUUCAGAUUCAGUUUGUGGUUGAAACUCUGGACUUCUGCCAGGUUUCCUUAAAAAACAACACCCUUUGAAACAGUUCUGGUCACCCGUUUUCCUUCUCCUUGAGGCUUUAACCAUAGCUGUCAACGUUUUCCUUUCCUGGAAGGACAGAUCCAAAGCUGAGGCUCCAAGACUUUGGCCACCUCCUGAGAAGAGAAGACUCCCUGGAAAAGGCCCUGAUGUUGGGAAAGAUGGAGGGCACAAGGAGAAGGGGACGACAGAGGACGAGAUGGUGGGACACUGUUCUCGAAGCGACCAGCAUGAGUUUGACCAAACCGUGGGAGGCAGUGGAAGAUAGGAGUGCCUGGCGUGCUCUGGUCCAGGGGGUCACGAAGAGGCAGACACGACUAAACGACUAAACAACAAAGCACCCACAGACUCAUAAUAACAUGUUAAAAGAUCUAUACUGGUGGGUAGUCAGUAGCAGACGUGCAGAGCUGGGUCCAGCAUGAGGGGGGAGGAGCUGUUGCAUGUGCAUGACGUCACACACAUGACUUCCCACUCCCCACCCCCAAAUCCAGCCAGGCUUGCAGGGACGUGGGAAUGUCUUUGAGGAUCGCCAGAGCGCCUUCCCAGAUCAUGGUGUGGAAAGUGGAGGGUGAAAAUUGCCAUGCCUUCCUCCCCACCUCAUCCCCAUGAUGGGCUGGUGUUCACCAGAGGGGUGGGGUAUGGGGGGGGUCCCUCAAUAUUGGGGGGACUCAUCCCCUGCCUAGAAAUAUUGAGGGGUCUGAAGCCCCUUCCGCCCCCAUAGCUGGCUCUCCUGGUCAGUAGAUGGUCAAAAGGGGAACAGAAUGCCGACAAUAGAAGAAUGGCAGAUGAAGACGUUGGACUUUUUGGAGCUAGCCGACCUGACUGGAAGAAUCCGCGACCAGAAAGAAGAGAUACAAGAGGACUGGAAGAAAUUGAAAUAAUAUUUAGCUAAAUAUUGUGAUAUAAGAUAAAGAGAAAUUUAUUGGAGGUAAUAAAUAGGCUUAGGAGUAGAAUAAGAAUAUGUGGUAGUAAAUAUUAAGGAUUAGAAUAUUAAUAAAGGAGAAGAGGUUAGUAAAUGAAAGGAGUUAAUAUUAUUAGAAAUAUGAAUUUGGAGAACUGUUACACAGGUGAUAUAAUGAAAUUCAGUUAGAGGGGAUUGGAGGAAGUCAGUUGUCAGUGUAAUGAGAAUUAGGCAUUUAAAUAUACAAAUUUUGUUUGUAUUUAGCUUUGUGUAUUGUAGUGUUUUUCUUUCUUGUGUGUUGUGUUAUGUCUUUUUUGUGAUAAAUGUGGAAAAUCAAUAAAAAUUUUGGGAAGAAAAAAAGGGGAGGAACGGAAUGGAAAGUUGAAGGCUGUUGAUCAUAAAAUGGGGAGCAGGGGGUGGGGAGAUUGGAUUGAAUAGGAGGAUUGUUUUCCCAAAAUCGCAGCCCUUUCAAUACAUAUGUGCAUGAAAGGCCCUUUGAUAAUGUGUGGUGUCCUGCUCUCAGAUGGUUCUAAAAACGGAUGCUUCCUCCUGCCGUUCCUAUGUUCCCCUGGCAGAACUUCCUGCUUCUGAAAGACAAGGGCUGUUCUUUGCGGCGAACCAACUCGGUUAUUUCCCUCUCUGUCUGAAAUGUCAAAGGGGUGUUGUGGCGGGGCUGGUGAGAUAAUCACGUUUUCUGUGCCCCAAAGGCAGUGCCUUUCCCAGCGUUGCACAUAAAACGCAAAAGCUUUCAGAGCCUGGAUGAAGACGCAAAGCAACAUAGAAGAGAUGGGGAAAGUUCAUAGCUCCAGUCCCAGAUUCACCAUCAGGAACCUUUAGGUGGGCCUGGCGAAGACCCCUUUCUGAAACCUUGGAGAACCAGAUGUGGAGAGGUCAGAUCCACAUCCAGAUAUUUAAAGCAUUGGUUUUAGGGCAGCACAGCCACACACGGAGCCAUAACAAUAAUAAUACUAACAGGUACCUGCUGAGAACAUCCAUAAAAAAGCAACUGUACCCAUUCAGGAAGCGGAAAUAUCAUCUCAGCAAUGCAUACCUGAAAAACAUUGUUUGCUUGGGUGUAUGAUUUACCCAGGGACGCAGGUGGCGCUGUGGGUUAAACCACAGAGCCUAGGGCUUGCAAAUCAGAAGGUCGCUGGUUCGAAUCCCUGCGAUGGGGUGAGCUCCCGUUGCUCGGUCCCAGCUCCUGCCAACCUAGCAGUUCAAAAGCACGUCAAAGUGCAAGUAGAUAAAUAGGUACUGCUCCAUUGGGAAGGUAAACGGGGUUUCCGUGCGCUGCUCUGGUUCGCCAGAAGCGGCUUAGUCCUGCUGGCCACAUGACCCGGAAGCUGUACGCCGGCUCCCUCGGCCAGUAAAGCGAGAUGAGCGCCGCAACCCCAGAGUCAGCCACGACUGGACCUAAUGGUCAGGGGUCCCUUUACCUUUUUAUGAUUCCCCCAGACCUGAAGCAGCCUUUGGGGUGGGAACCAUCAGCUAUUUCCUGCUUCCUUCCUAUACAGUUUGGACGUGGGUGGCGCUGCAGUCUAAAGCACUGAGCCUCUUGGGCUUGCCGAUCAGGAGAUUGGCGGUUCGAAUCCUUGUGAUGGGGUGAGCUCCCGUUGCUCAGUCCCAGCUCCUGCCAACCUAGCGGUUUGAAAGCACCCCAAAAAAGUGCAAGUAGAUAAAUAGGUACAGCUCCGGCGGGAAGGUAAACGUGACUGACUCUGGGGUUGCGGCACUCAUCUCGCUUUACUGGCCGAGGGAGCCGGCGUACAGCUUCCGGGUCAUGUGGCCAGCAUGACUAAGCCGCUUCUGGUGAACCAGGGCAGCACACGGAAAUGCCGUUUACCUUACCGCCGGAGCUGUACCUAUUUAUCUACUUGCACUUUGAUGUGCUUUUGAACUGCUAGGUUGGCAGGAGCAGGGACCGAGCAACGGGAGCUCACCUUGUCGCGGGGAUUCGAACCGCCAACCUUCUGAUCACCAAGUCCUAGGCUCUGUGGUUUAACCUACAGAGCCACCCGCAUCCCUGGCCUAGGGCCUAUCUUCAUCUAAAUCCAGCCCUGAAUUCCCAUCAUCCCUGACCUCUGGUCCUGUUAGCUAGGGAUGGUGGGAGCUGUAGUCCCAAAACAGCUGGAGGGCCAAGUUUGGCCAUCACUGAUUUACCGUAAACAUUUCAGUAUGGUGUAACAUAACAUACUAUCAAGAUAGGAAAAGAUAAAGGCUCCUUUGUCUUGGGGAGGAGAUGAGAGUUUGCUUGUCUCAAAUCAGAUUCAGUCUCCAAAUGAGAUUACCCCGCAAAAGCAAGCAGACACCUCUCAUUGAGUUGGCAUACAUACUUAAGGUACACAUGCAAGGAAAAUUAUAUUUUGGGAAUGAUUCCUGCAUUGUUUUAAUUUUUCUGGGUAUCCCAUGAUCACAUAAAGAAGGAGUGUUCCAUGUUUUAAAUCAAGCAGUGCAAGGAGUUAUUUCUGUUUGUUUUCCAAUGUAUCCAUAAAAAAAUUAACUCGGUGCGGUGAGAGCCAAUUUUUAUUCUGAAAGUGUGGCCCAGAGGGAGGGGUGAAGAGAGCCAGUGUCUUAGGCUGAAAGCCUCCACCUUUCUCCAAAAAGUCAGGCAGUCUCCGCCCUCCAUUGUUAAUUGGCCAGAUGUUCUCGCAGCCCAGCCGCUGCCUCCUGCGCGUCUUUCGUCCCGGGUGGCUCCCGGAGCAGCUGCGCGACGCUGCGAUGCGCUGAGCCCGAGGCGGCAGGUAAGGCGGAAUGCGGAAGGGGGAAAGGCGCAUUUGCGCAACUCCGGCGCGGAUGGGUCUUCUGGGCGCAUCGGGUCCUGGGAUCCUGGCCCCGGGUCAGCCAGUCCUGGUCUACUCGGAAGCCCAUCCCACUGUCUCCAAUGGAUCUUGCUCCCGCUGGACAAAGCGUGAUUUCCCAGCCUUAAAGCUGUUGCGCUCUGUGGGUUGACUUGGGAGUAAAGCCACCGAGUUUGCCGUGCGCACAGCGGGUUCGACGACAGACACGGCUUGCUUCCCGGCCUGUCUAUUCCAGCGGGUCUCCUCUGAGCAAGGAUGAGCUCGGUGGAACUUGGAACUUUUUGGAGACGGCGCUGCGUAGGAUCUGGCUGUGAGUCUCCGUAAGCGCAUUGAACGCAUUGAGGGUUUUGAUUCUGGGUAAUCCUGUAUAGAACUGUGCUGUGUAGACGAAACUCUGUCCACACUUACUUUGGGAGUAAACUCAUCUGUAGUGUUGGAUUCCUCGCAAUGCAGGAAUCUCACAGCCUGAGACUUGGUUCUGAGCGUCUAUGACUGGGCUGCCUUCUUAAAUACCACCCAUCACCCUGGUAUUUUUGCAAGUGGAGUUUUAGAAUCCCCACUUAAACCACCUUUUCACUUCUGAGUUGAAGAGAGGUUUCUGGACUCAAGUUAUUCUGGGCAUAGGACCAAACCAGGAUAGCUGCGUUGAGCGGCUGGAGUCUUGGGAGAGCACCUGAUGGUUAGCCCAACAUUUCAGGGGGUCAGACUAGAUGGCCACCGUGGUCCCUUCCAACUCCAUGAUUCUAUUAAUAUUCAGCCAGCCGUGAACUCAGGUAAAAGAGUCAAGCUGUGGGUCACACGGGAGUGUGUGAGAGAGCUUUAAAUUAUUCCGUUUUUCCUUCUUUUUCUCUGGCACCAGAUGGUUUAAUUGCCUUGGCAGCUUUCCACGCUGGUUCCUGACUGCUCACUAGAAGAGGAAGCCGGUUUCCUGUCUGCCUUGGAACCCAAGGCUGAUAAAUCAAGAGUUUUACCGCUCAGGGGAAAGUGUUGCAGGGAGGGAGGACAACUUGUCCAAAGAUAAAAGCUGAGAUUGUCAUCUCUGGGUGGGAGCUGGGAGGGGUGUCAAUUUCUCACAUUGUCUCUUUUUAAAAAAAGAAAUUUAUUUAUUUGGGUUUUCAAAUUGAAUUUUUACAGAGAUAUACCCAACAUUAAAAAAAAACAAAUUUCCGAUGAAUCUCCUGGACUUCCAUCCAGGUCCUAUUGUUAAUCAUUUCCUCCUGCAUCUUUUAUGAUGGUGCAAAUCUUUUACAUCUCCACUGUGUCCAGAAUUCACUCUUAAACGACAAGUGCUAUUCCAACCCUACUAACGAUUUUAACUGUUUACAAUGGUCUUUAAGGUAAGUUAUAAAUUUUCCCCAUUCCUUAUUAAAAUUUUGGUCUUCCUUCCUUAUUUCUGAUUCCUCCAGUCAUUUUAGCCAUUUCAGCAUAAUCCAUCAACUUCAUCUGCCAUUCUUCUCUGGUAGCGACUUUAUCUCCUUUCCAUCUCUGGGCCAAUAACAUCUGCACAGCCGUGGUCGCAUACAUAAAUAGUCUUUUCUGCUCCCUUGGGAUUUCGGCACCUAGAAUUCCUAAAAGGAAGGCUUCAGGCUUCUUAACAAAGGUUGUUUUAAACUUUUUUUCCAACUCAUUAUAUAUCAUUUCCCAAAAUUACUACCUUAUAGUUCCACCACAUAUGAUAAAAGGUGCCUUCUUUUUCCUUACAUUUCCAGCAUACAUUUGAGCAUGUUUUAUACAUUUUUGCUAAUUUGCUAGGAGUUAAAUACAGUGGACACUCGGGUUGCGAACAUGAUCCGUGCAGGAUGCACGUUCACAACCCACAGUGUUUGCAACCAGCGUCUGUGCACACGCAGGUUGCAAUUCGGCUCUUCUGCGCAUGCGCAAAGUGCGAUUUAGCGCUUCUGCGCAUGCGCGACCACCGAAACCCGGAAGUAACCCGUUCCGGUACUUCUGGGUUUCGGCGGUCUGCAACCCGAAAAGAUGCAACCUGAAGCGUCUGUAAGCUGAGGUAUAACUGUACCACCAGUACAUCAUUUUCAUAAAAAUUUCUUUCAACAUAUAACUUCCUCACAUUCUCUGUGAUGCUUCCCACGUUAGAACGCAUUGGCGUCAGACCUUCUGAUGACAAUUGUGCAGAGAUAAAGCAGUUUAAUAUUUAGAAAUGACAGUAAUCGUGGGAUGGUAGCGUUGGAAGGGACCCCCAGUGUCAUCCAGUCCAACCCCCUACAAUGCAGGAGUCACAUCUUCCUCACAUGUUUGGAGGGCAACCAAAAUGGUCAAAGGCCUGGAAACGAUGCCUUAUGAGGAACGGCUAAGGGAGCUGGGCAUGUUUAGCCUGGAGAAGAGGAGGCUAAGGGGUGAUAUGAUAGCCAUGUUCAAAUAUAUAAAAGGAUGUCACAUAGAGAAGAAGAAGAAGAAGAAGAGUUUGGAUUUGAUAUCCCGCCUUUCACUCCCUUUAAGGAGUCUCAAAGUGGCCAACAUUCUCCUUUCCCUUCCUCCCCCACAACAAACACUCUGUGAGAUGAGUGAGGCUGAGAGACUUCAAAGAAGUGUGACUGGCCCAAGGUCACCCAGCAGCUGCAUGUGGAGGAGCGGAGACACGAACCCGGUUCCCCAGAUUACGAGACUACCGUUCUUAACCACUACACCACACUGGCUCUCUCCCUCUCUCUAGAGGAGGAAGAAAGGUUGUUUUCUGCUGCUCCAGAGAAGCGGACACGGAGCAAUGGAUCCAAACUACAAGAAAGAAGAUUCCACCUAAACAUUAGGAAGAACUUCCUGACAGUAAGAGCUGUUUGACAGUGGAAUUUGCUGCCAAGGAGUGUGGUGGAGUCUCCUUCUUUGGAGGUCUUUAAGCAGAGGCUUGACAACCAUAUGUCAGGAGUGCUCUGAUGGUGUUUCCUGCUUGGCAGGGGGUUGGACUCGAUGGCCCUUGUGGUCUCUUCCAACUCUAUGAUUCUAUGAUUCUACAUCUACAGAAAAUCCCCGACAGACAGCUUCUCAACCUCUGUUUAGAAUCAUCCAGCAAAGGAGAGCUCACCACCUUCCAGUGGAGUCUGUUCCAUUUUCAAACAGCUCCUCCUCUCAGCAGGGAGAUUUUAACAUUUUAUCAUUCCUGAAUAGCUGUGUGACGCAGCAGCAAAAAAGGCUAAGGCUAUUCUAGGUUACCUAAAACGAGUGCACAGAUCAAGGUGUAGUCAGACCACACCUGGAGUCCUGUGUCCAGUUCUGGGUGCCACAAUUUAAGAAGGAUAUUGACAAGUUGGAAGUUGUGCGAAGGAGGGCGACCAAGAUGAUUGAAAGGUCUGGAAACCAAGCCUUAUGAGGAAUGGUUGAAGGAGCUGGGUGUGUUUAGCCUGGAGAAGAGGAGACUGCGAGGAGAUGGGGGGUUGUGGGUCUGAGCCCUAGUAAAGGUAAAGGUAAAGGGACCCCUGACCAUUAGGUCCAGUCGUGGCCGACUCUGGGGUUGCGGCGCUCAUCUCGCUUUAUUGGCCAAGGGAGCUUCCGGGUCAUGUGGCCAGCAUGACUAAGCCGCUUCUGGCGAACCAGAGCAGCGCACGGAAACGCCGUUUACCUUCCCGCCGGAGCGGUACCUAUUUAUCUUCUUGCACUUUUUGUGCUUUCAAACUGCUAGGUUGGCAGGAGCAGGGACCGAGCAACGGGAGCUCACCCUGUCACGGGGAUUUGAACCACCAACCUUCUGAUCAGCAAGUCCUAGGCUCUGUUGUUUAACCCACAGUCCCACCCACGUCUGAGCCCUACCUUGGAUAAAAGAUUCCUGCAUUGCAGGCGGUUGGACUAGUCACUAGAAAACCCUUAGGGUCCCUUUCAACUCUACAAGUCUAUGAUUCUAUGAAAAGCUGAGGUGAAGGACAUCUCUGGAGUGAGUUUCCUUUGCAGCUUCUAAUGAGCACAAUUGGUGAAUUUUAUUAUUUCGGUCACAGACCAGUUCCAGCCCACAUACAAUAUCAAGGAAGUCAUAAAACACAAUAGGGAUACAUUUGAAUUUGCAAUUUUGCUUUGCAAAAGCUCCCAAUUUGUUGUAAGAUAACACUUAACAAUUUUAGUAUAAAUAAAGCUGUGGGUUAAACCACAGAGCCUAGGGCUUGCCGAUCAGAAGAUCGGCGGUUCGAAUCCCUGUGACGGGGUGAGCUCCUGUUUCUCGGUCCCUGCUCCUGCCAACCUAGCAGUUCGAAAGCACACCAGUGCAAGUAGAUAAAUAGGUACCGCUCCAGAGGGAAGGUAAACGGCGUUUCCGUGCGCUGCUCUGGUUUGCCAGAAGCGGCUGAGUCAUGCUGGCCACAUGACCCGGAAGCUGUACACCGGCUUCCUCGGCCAAUAAAGCGAGAUGAGCGCUGCAAUCCCAGAGUCGGUCACGACUGGACCUAAUGGUCAGGGGUCCCUUUACCUUUACCUUUAUUUUAUUUAAAGCCGUUUACCAAAAACAACAACAACACCCCAUUAAACAUAUCAAUAAAAGACAGUUAAAAACUGGUGUCUUAAAAAAAAAAAUCAAAACUAAUUAAAACCAACCAUAAGCUAGAAGUUUGUAAGGCAUGGAACUUCUGUGAGUCAGGGCAGAUUUGCCUAAACAAACAAAAAUGUUUUCUUUUUUUUAAAAAAAAGAUAUUUAUUAGAGUUUAAGAAUUACAAAAAAGAAAGAAAUACAAGCAGUAAACAGUUACAAAACCUCAAAAACAAAAGAAAAUACAAUAAAACAAAACAUCAACAAUACAUCAAAACAUUAAAAAAGGAAAAAACAGAAACAUUUAAAAAACACAAACCUUUUUAAAAAAAAUAGAAAGAAAAGAAAAAAAAACCCGAAAAAAAGACCCCAUAUUUUUAUGUCCUUAUCUUUCAUUUGCUUAUUUCCUCAACUUCCUCACACCUUCUUUUUUGUAUUCUAGUUCAAUUAAUUGUUCCAGCAAAUCCUUUCCCUCUUUCUCAAAUUUAAUUCCAUAAUUAUCUUAACGCAAUUUAACCUUAAGUUUUACACCUUUACCCAUUGUCAAUCUAUUCAUACUUAAUUCUUUAUAACACUUCUGCUAAAGUCAUAUAACUUCUUUCCAGCAUCCUUCUAACAUUCAUUAAUUUUACAAUAUUUCUGUAAAUAUACUUUAAUUUUUUUCCAAUCUUCUUCCACCAACUCUUCUCCCUGGUCUCGGAUUCUGCCAGUCAUCUCCGCCGGUUCUAUGUAGUCCAUCAGCUUCAUCUGCCAUUCUUCCCUGGUAGGUAGAUCUUGUGUCUUCCAGUGCUUUGCAAUAAGUAUUCUUGCUGCUGUUGUGGCAUACAUGAAAAAGGUUCUCUCCUUCUUUGGCACCAAUUGGCCUACCAUGCCCAGGAGAAAGGUUUCUUUAGAAAGGUAUAUUUAAAUACCUUUUUCAUUUCAUUAUAGAUCAAAACAAAAAUGUUUUCAGCAGACCCCGGAAAGUGUGCAACAACGGCAUGUGUACUCUGAUGUCAGAGAACUGUAGAAUUGCAGAGUUAGAUCUCGGAGAGUCAUCUAAGUCCAACCCCCUGCAAUGCAGGAAUCUCAAAUGAUGAAUCCAUGGCCCUCUCAAUUGGCAGGGAAUUCUGAGGUGUAGCUGCUGCCACGCUAAAACUCAGAGUUUCAAUCCUCCCUGGCCAUUGGCCAUGCUGGCUGGGGCUGUUGUGAGAUGUAGUUCAGCAAGGACCUAGACCAGGGGUCAGCAAACUUUUUCAGCAGGGGGCCGGUCCACUGUCCCUCAAACCUUGUGGGGGGCCGGCUAUAUUUUUUUGCGGGGGGAAUGAACGAAUUCCUAUGCCCCACAAAUAACCCAGAGAUGCACUGUACAUAAAAGCACACAUUCUACUCAUGUAAGAAAGAUGCAUUUUAAAUAAAAGCACACAUUCUACUCAUGUAAGAACACCAGGCAGGCUCCACAAAUAACCCAGAGAUGCAUUGUAAAUAAAAGCACACAUUCUACUCCUGUAAAAACACGCUGAUUCCCGGACCGUCCGCGGGCCAGAUUUAGAAGGCGGUUGGGCCGAAUCCGGCCCCCGGGCCUUAGUUUGCCUACCCAUGACCUGGAAGGUCUAAGGCUCCCCUCCCACACACACCUGCACUGCACCCUUAAAGGUGGGAAGACAGGGACCUGCAAAAUGGGGGAAAAAGCAAAUAUAUGUGGCAGCUUUCUGCUCGCACCCGUGCUUUUCAGUAAGGGUGUGCUGCUACCGAUUACGAGCCUUAGUCUGCUGUCUGUUUGCUCUCCAGGAAGCCUGUGAUGUCGCCCGGCCGCUGAUCUUGGCAGUCGUGCGGAGCAAGACAAUGGUUUUCUUCCCACAACGGAUGGAGGCCCUCUGUAAUUUCCCUUCUCUUACGGAAGCUAGGAUUCUUCCCACCCCUGUCCCACUUCCUUUCACGGGAUUUAUUUUCCAUGUCCCCCACUCCUCCUCCCUCUUCUGGGAAGCCCAUCCUGCCUGGGGGGUUUCACAGGAGCCGCGCUCCUUAUUUUCCCCCGUUUGUUUUUAUUCCUGACAUUUUAGACCCCAUCAGUUUUCUCCAAGCAGCCCAAUACAGUGGUACCUCGGGUUAAGUACUUAAUUCGUUCCGGAGGUCUGUACUUAACCUGAAACUGUUCUUAACCUGAAGCACCACUUUAGCUAAUGGGGCCUCCUGCUGCUGCCGCGCCGCCGGAGCCCGAUUUCUGUUCUCAUCCUGAAGCAAAGUUCUUAACCUGAAGCACUAUUUCUGGGUUAGCGGAGUCUGUAACCUGAAGCGUAUGUAACCUGAAGCGUAUGUAACCCGAGUUACCACUGUACAUGAUUUUUCCACCUCUUUGUUUAAUUCCCACAAAAACCCUGUGAUGUAGCUUUAGGCAGAGAGGCAGCGACUGGCCCCUAAGGUCACACCUGGUCUGUCCCAGUAACAACAACAACAACAACUUAUUUAUACCCCGCUGCGUUUCCUCAGCAACUCUGGGCGGCUCCCAACAGAAUAUUAAAAACAUGAUAAAACAUCAAACAUUAAAAACAUCCCUAAACAGGGUUGCCUUCAGAUGCCUUUUAAAAGUCAGAUAGUUGUUUAUUUCCUUGACAUCUGAUGGGAGGGUGUUCCACAGGGCGGGUGCCACUACUGAGAAGGCCCUCUGCCUGGUUCUCUGAAACUUCUCUUCUCACAGCGAGGGAACCGCCACCAGGCCCUCGGAGCUAGACCUCAGCGUCUGGGCAGAACGAUGGGGGUGGAGACGCUCCUUCAGGUCUACAGGGCCAUUUAGGGCUUUAAAGGUCAGCACCAACACUUUGAAUUGUGCUCGGAAUUGUGUGCAGUCGGUCACUCUAACCACUAUGCCACUCUGGUUCGGACAAGCAAAACAGUUUCAAAAUUGGUGCAAGACGUGAGCUGGUCCCUGGAGAUACAAGCUUCCAUAGGAAAUGGCCUACUUGUGCUGGAAACAUGAACUGGGUUGCAAAAGGGCGAUGGGGGAAUAUAUCUGUCUGCUUAAGAUCGUAAAGUUAUAGCCCCAUGAUCUCCGGUAGCUGGCCACCCAAUCUGACAAUCUUCAUUCCCCCCCUCUCCACAACAUACACACUGCCACACCUUCGAUGAUACCCUGAGCCACUUCCAAGCCUGUGAUCUGUAUCCAGUGAUGCUCAGUGAAAUCUAUUGCUUUGUGUGGGGCUCUCUGGGCGACGUGGGAUCUGGACCCGGCUUGUGUUUUCAUUGGCCCAGGAGUUAUCUAGAAAGUAACCCGCUUUUGAGCUGAUAAGGUGGGACUGGCUCUUGGCUGGCUUCUCCCCACCCAUUUCUUUUGGCUCACAGCACUGGGGACAGUUAUUUUCCCACCCGCACCGUUCUUUGCUGGGGGAGAGGUCCUCCUCCAUCUGGGCUCAACGCUUGCAGCGCCGACAGACAAUGAGAUCACUUCCUGGCCCAGAUCCAGUCCCAGAAUCUGCUCCCUGCGACUUCCGGUCGUUCCCAGAGAGCUCUGCCACUUUGAAAGCUUCCCAGGGUCUCCGUGUUUCUAAAACGAUUUUGAAUUCUGCACUGGCGACCUGACUCAAUGUUGUUGUUGUUUUUACAAUGGGAAGAAUUCCGAAACCAGUACAAUACCAAGUGAGCCGUUUUGCCCAAUUUGGGGCAUGCCGGUGAUGUUGUGGGGCAGGAGUUUAGAAUCAUAGAAUUGUUGGAAGGGGUUCCAUCUAGUCCAGGGGUAGGCAACCUAAGGCCCGUGGGCCGGAUGCGGCCCAAUCGCCUUCUCAAUCCGGCCUGCGGACGGUCCGGGAAUCAGCGUGUUUUUUACAUGAGUAGAAUGUGUGCUUUUAUUUAAAAUGCAUCUCUGGGUUAUUGUGGGGCAUAGGAAUUCGUUCAUAUUUCCCCCCCAAAAUAUAAUCUGGCCCCCCACAAGGUCUGAGGGACGGUGGACCGGCCCCCUGCUGAAAAAGGUUGCUGACCCCUGGUCUAGUCCAACCCCUGGCAAUGCUGGAAUCUCAGCGAAAGCAUCCCUGAUAGAUGACCACCCAACCUCUGCUUAAAAACUUCCAAGGAAGGAGAGUCCACCACCUUCUGAGGAAGACCGUUCCACUGUUGAACAGCUCUUACCAUCAGAAAGCUCUUCCUAAUGUUGAGUUGGAAACUCCUGUCUUGUAACUUGGACCCACCAAUUUAGGUCCUGCCCUCUGGAGCACCAGAAAACGGUCUUGUUCCAUCAUGGUGGCAGACAGUGGCAUAGCGUGGGGGGUGCAGGGGGGGCCGGCCGCACCGGGCGCAACAUCUGGGGGUUAGGGUAAGGGGGCGCAAAUCCACGGGUUAGGGGGCGCAAAUUACUUGCCUUGCCCCGGGUGCUGAAAACCCACGCUACGCCACUGGUGGCAGAUCAUAGUUGUGGCUGGUGGCCCUCGAUAGCCCCCAUGAAUCUGUCUAAUCCUCUUUUAAAGCCAUCUUUAGGGACGCGGGUGGCGCUGUGGGUUAAACCACGGAGCCUAGGACUUGCCGAUCGGAAGGUCGGCGGUUUGAAUCCCCAUGACGGGGUGAGCUCCCGUUGCUCAGUCCCAGCUCCUGCCAACCUAGCAGUUCGAAAGCACGUCAAAGUGCAAGUAGAUAAAUAGGUACCGCUCUGGCGGGAAGGUAAAUGGCGUUUCCGUGCGCUGCUCUGGUUCGCCAGAAGUGGCUUAGUCAUGCUGGCCACAUGACCCGGAAGCUGUACACCUACUCCCUUGGCCAGUAAAGAGAUGAGUGCCACAACCCCAGAGUCGGCCACGACUGGACCUAAUGGUCAGGGGUCCCUUUACCUUUAGGCAUGACCUUUAGGCCGGUGGCUGUCACUGCCUCCUGUUCCACCCGCGUAGGCAUUUAAUUGACAGGUUAAUUAAUGAAAGCAUCCGGCCCUCAAAAUGCCGCCGAACCCAGAGGCUAAGGGUACCAGAAAGCAGAUAACGCUCCAUCUCCCGUAAAUAAAGUCAGCAGGGCACAAGGUAUACAGAUAAAAAUGGCUGGGUCAAAAUACCUGCCAGCGGCUAUUGUCACAUAAACGGGGAGGGGGCCGUGUGACUUUUCCUCUUGGGAUACUGCCAUUCCCAUUUGCCUUCAAUGGAACUUGCGCACCCUCCGACAUUUCUCCGAUGAAAAUAGGGACAUCCUUUCCCACAUCAGAAAGCUUCUCCCAUGCACAUCAACACAUCAACAUCGGUCACCUUGAGCAAAUUGCAACUUUUCCGCCAUGGGCAACACCUUCCACAGAUAAAUGGAAUGAAAUAAAAUGGUAACUGCAAGCCGCCUUGAGUCCCUGUCAUGGAAAAAAAGGUGGGGCGGUAAUAUUAUUAUUAUGGAAACUCUGAGAAUGAUCAGGGACAUAGGUAAAGGUAAAGGGACCCCUGACCAUUAGGUCCAGUCGUGUCCGACUCUGGGGUUGCGGCGCUCAUCUCGCUUUAUUGGCCAAGGGAGCCGGCGUACAGCUUCCGGGUCAUGUGGCCAGCAUGACUAAGCCGCUUCUGGCGAACCAGAGCAGCACACAGAAACGCCGUUUACCUUCCCGCCGGAGUGGUACCCAUUUAUCUACUUGCACUUUGAGGUGCUUUCGAACUGCUGGGUUGGCAGGAGCAGGGACCGAUCAACGGGAGCUCACCCCGUCGCGGGGAUUCGAACUGCUGACCUUCUGAUCGGCAAAUCCUGGGCUCUGUGGUUUAACCCACAGCGCCACCCGCGUCCCAAAUCCUAUUGAACUCAGUAGGACUUAGUUCUGAGUAAAAAUGUGUAGGAGUGCGGUGUGAGGCUGCCCAGUCUUGACCUGCUUACCUGGGAGUCAGCUCCAUUGAAUACAGUGGGACUUACUCCUGAGUAGACACUGUAAGUCUCCAUUUACAAUAAAGGAAUAAACACUCCAUGCAUUUCCUAAGAAACGGAAGCACUGCAAUGAAAUAAUUUAAGGUGGAUGGAUGACUUUUCCCUUCAAAAUUAUAGGAAGGGCUUCAUAUGACAGCUUCACGUUCCCUUCAUUUGGUCAGGGAUUUUAUCUUCAGGAUAAACAGGGCUCCAUUUUCGCCCCUACACACGCAAGCGCCAACUUUUAAUUGUUCUCCGAGACGCGGAGGGAAAGGUAAAUUCAGGGACAUUCAGGGAUCAAAUCGGAAUCUGUGAUGGCUCUUGUAAUUCCGGGGCUGUCCCUGGGAAAUCGGGACGCUUGGAAAAUUUCAACUUAGGCAGAAAGGUACCGUAUUUUUUGCUCUAUAAGACGCACCAGACCACAAGACGCACCUAGUUUUUGGAGGAGGAAAACAAGAAAAAAAAUAUUCUGAAUCUCAGAAGCCGGAACAGCAAGAGGGAUCGCUGCGCAGUGAAAGCAGCAAUCCCUCUUGCUGUUCUGGCUUCUGGGAUAGCUGCGCAGCCUGCAUUCGCUCCACAAGACGCACACACAUUUCCCCUUACUUUUUAGGAGGGAAAAAGGGAGUCUUAUAGAGCAAAAAAUACAGUAUUUGUCCCAAGGAAGUUCUCCAGCUGAGAGAUGGUUCUCUGUCCUGUCCCUCUUAUUAUUUUCCUUUUGCUCUUUCCCCUGGUCUGGGGAUUUUGAAAAGGCCUCGUUCCUGGCAUUUCAAGGGAAGAGGCAGGCAGCGCUGUUUUCGAAGGGCCCUUCAUCUCCGCAAGGGAAGCUAAUUUUAGAACAUGUGAUUGAUUGAUGCUGCCCAGCCGAGAAGCAGCAGCCAGCGUCUGAAAGCGCUCCAAAGUGGCAGGAAAUGGUCCCAGAGACCGCUUUGGAGAAUGCCAUCUCCUUUUUGUGCUGGCGUUCCAAACACGUCCGCUGUCCUGAUUCAUGCAAGCAUGCAAGGCGUACUUUAAUGACACACACACGUAUGAAUUCCCGUCUGUGUUCUGUUAACGGAAAAAUCCGAGGGCUCCCUUGGACAAAAACAAAGACACCAACCAGGAUAACUUGGAGCAAAACAGCAGCCUGUAGGCUUGGCCUUUAUUGAACUGUUGCGACAGGGUGCUCCCCUCACUUGCAGGAGAGAGGAAGGACACAGAAAAAAUGGUGUGCAAGGUCUUAUAAAGACUUUUGAAAUUCCCAUCCUGUAGAUCAAACCCACCCCCAGAAACAUCAUGCAUACAUCACAGAAAGGAGUUGAGGGAGGAGUUGUGGUGGUAACUUGAGUGUCCUGUCACCUGGCUGGUUCCCUCUUUCCCCCUCCCCAUGAGUACUUUCCAGGUGACAGAGGGGAGUUUGCAAUUUCCUGCCCCCAGAGGGAAGAGCUGAUUAUUGUCCUUUGUUCCAGUCUGUGCUGAAUCCACUCCCAUAUGCAAGUUCUUUGUGAUCUUGAUGGUCUUCUGUCUAGGACCAUCAGGGUUGGCAUAGCAACUGGGCAGGGCUCCUGUGGAUGUGCUGGUAUGCUCAAGGGAUUAUGGCUGCCCUGUAUCAAACCUUCCCCAUUUUAUAGGCCUUCCUUCAUGGAGUAAAAUAAAACUGGAACAGUGCAAAUCCGAUGGAUGGUUGAUUUUCUAUGAAUUUAUAACAGAAGUGCAGCGUAUGUAGUGUGUGAGUGUGAGUGUGUGUGAAGUUUGUACAAACUGAAUGAUUUGGGGGGGGGGGUUCCCUGCUACAGUUCUCUGCACUAAACUAAAAACACUCCACCCUUUGGCCACGUUAAAAUAGCUGGACUCUGAUUUGCGUCUCGGACGCUUGCGGAAAAAAGCAACAACAAACUGAACAUCUGCAGCCGUUUGGGAUGAGCCGGCAAUUCAGCCAAGGGAAAAGCUGCAGAGCUGGACUUGCGGGUGUUACUGGGGGGUGGGGGGUUUGCUGUCGAGAAAACCCGCACGGUCCUGGGGCAGCAAUGAAGCUGUGCUCCGAAAGGCAGGCGUCUAGGACGCGAGCCAAUGCAGAGAUGCUGCCAGAAGAGGGGAGGAAGAAUGUGUGCUGAUCCCAGGCAGGCAGGCAAGUCCUAACAAGGAGGGAUUUUUCAAUUUAUCAGCCUGGAGGCCUGGAAGACGCGUGCUUCUAAAUCCCAGGUGGCUUUCUUGUCGCUUCUCUCCCGGGGUGCGCAUAGUCUGCACGUUCUCAGAGGCUUGUUGUCGCUCGGGGACAGCCGCAAUGGGGGAAGUCCUGACUCUGUGACUUUGCCAUAUUUGUUGAGAGCAAAGCAAGGGGUUCAGAACUGCUGCUGGGGAAAGCAGCUGGAAGUGGGAAGGGAGACCUGAAGGGUGGUGGAGAUGGGUUUAUAAACUAGGUGGUGCAUCUUCUGUGAUUCUGCACAAUGUGUGUGUGUUGGGUGGGUCAGGGACACACACAUGAGAAUGUUUUAUUGGGCUCUGGAUUCAGUUUCUUGACAAUUUCAGCUGUCACUUAAAAAAAAAAGUAAGUACCUAGUCUUCCUUGUUAUAGAGAUGUGGUUUGGGAUCUCAGAAGUCAACAGAGGCUGCCAAGGGCUCAUUACCUGUUUUAAGACAUAUUGUGGUGGGGCAAGCCUAGGAAGUAAACCCCACCAAUUCAAUGGGGCUUACUUGCAGGUAAGGGUGCACGACAUUCCCGCACAUGCAGGGAAACCAAACGCUUGCAGACUCCAGUAACUCCCACUGCGUUUAGUGGUGCAUCUUUACGCGGCUGCUGCACAGAUGUGCACAGAAAAAUAAUAUAUGAGUCUUAACUCCCAAGUGUUACUCCUCCCCACCUUUUCUAGGUUCCCGUUGCCUUCUCAGAAACUUUGGGAGGAUCCAGCAGAAGAAAAUGGCCCAGCCUGCACACCUGAAUCAAAAUCUCCCAGGUAAUGAGAAAUUUGCACUUUAUUUCACUCUGCUUGCGAUGAGGACCUUGGGUUGCAUGCCAUGCUAGGCAUUCCCAGAGCAGAUCCUCUGAAACAAAUGGUUCUAAGUUCGUCGUGACCUUUAACUACAAUGGGUCUACUCUUGAGUAGAAUUUAGUGGGACAUAUCCCAUAGGGUGCUAGCUGCCUUCUGCCAAAUCAUACCAUUAAUCCAUCUAGCUCAGUAUAUCAUCUAGAUUCUAGAGUGACGGCAUCUCUGCGGGGGUUUGGAACAGACCUUUCCCUGGCCCUGCCUGGGUUUCCUGAUGAUGGACCCUGGGGUCAAAAUUCAAAUAUCUUUAAUACGGUCAAUGACCAGCAAGCAAUUUAUAAAAUAAAAUAUGACAAUAUAAGUACUAUUGUACUACAGAUAACAGUGGAGAUAUGGCCAAAUCACAAAAUUGGUACUUAUGUUUAUGACCAGGUUUCGACUUUUAAGGUUUUAAGGAUUCAUUUCAAAUGUCACUGCUGUUUAUUAUCGUUCCUUCGAUGUUUGCAAUUUGAACUCCGUUGCUGUCAUCAUUGCUCGUCUCGGACCCUGGGGUCUUUUGCACGUAAAGAAUGUUUAGAAUCUCAAUCUGUGCUGGUCCCGUGGGCUAACCGAGAGGCGAGGUCUGAGUCCAGUCUGAGGUCGAAGGUGCAGUAUGGAGGCAGUCUGUAAAAGUUGAAGCUGGAUGCAGGGCAGGUUGUUGGGUGAGGUCAGGAGCUCCGGCAGGAAAGCAGGACAGGGUUCAAGCAGGAACUGACAACCAACGAAGUUGCUCCCGCAACUUGGGACUGAGGCUGGCUGGCUUUUAGCGGCCCUGAUCCUCAGGUGACUCGCCUCUCCUGGCCUGGAGGCGAGCCCUCCUCGUGCGGGAACUUAGUUCCCUCUGCCUCUCUGCCCUGAGCCUCUGCAGCUCAGGAGAGGCUGGAGAGUUACUGGACCCAGAGGCAACCUCAUCUUCCUCUGACGGGGCUGAGAGUGGAGCACCUGCAGGCAGUGGGUCCUCCACCCCCUCAGGAGCCAGAGCAGACUCAGCUGAUGCCUGCACCUGAGGACCCAGCACAGGUGAGGACCCUUCAGGCUCAUGCCCCAGCCCCGGCUCAGCUGGUUCUGGAGGCGGGGAAUCCUGUGCAGGCUGGGAUCCCUCAGGUUCAGCAUCCGAGUCCGAAUCCCAGGCCAUCACACAAUCUCAUAAAAUCACGGAGUUCGAAGGGACCCUGAGGAUCAUCCAUCCCAGGGGUCAGCAAGGUUUACCUCACCUGGGCUGGUUCACUCCCACGGAGAUUGCUCCAUGCAGACACAAUUUCUGGCGUCGCGGAAGCGAAUCCCCACUCCGCGCUGCACCAGUUUAGCACAGCGAGCGGGGACUCGCUGAGCGAGUGACUCGGUUUAAACCAGGCAUAGGCAAACUCCGGCCCUCCAGAUGUUUGGGACUACAAUUCCCAUCAUCCCUGGCCACUGGUCCUGUUAGCUAAGGAUGAUGGGAAUUGUAGUCCCAAACAUCUGGAGGGCUGGGGUUUGCCUAUGUCUGGUUAAAACGACCCCCGUGGGCCGCUUGUGGCCCAUGGGCUACAGGUUGCCGACCCCUGAUCUAGCCCAACCCACUGAAAUGCAGGAAUACGCAGCUGCAUUAAUCGAACCUGCAACCUUGGCAUUGCCAGCACCACAUUCUCACUUUGUAAAGGACGAUUCUGUUAUUCCAGGAUUCCAUAUAUCUGUCUCUGCAGCCAAGAGGAGGAAGCCUCUCUGGGACACAAUGGGGUGGAAGACUUUUAUCGCUUUGUGUUUGUGUGUGUUUGUGUGUGUGUAAGACUCCACCCCUAGCCAGAGGAAGGAAGCCUGUACAUCAAACUACAGGAACCUACAAUUUCCCCUCUGCGGCAAAUUGUUGAGGAAAAGAAUUGGGGUUGGCAUUUACAGCCCAAUUCUUCAUCGAGGGACUCCUAGGUGUCCCCCUAAGUCAGGGAUUGUAGGGAUGUGGGUGGUGCUGCGGUCUAAACCACUGAGCCUAGGGCUUGCUGAUUGGAAGGUUGGCAGUUCGAAUCCCCACUACGGGGUGAACUCCCGUCGCUCUGUCCCAGCUCCUGCCAACCUAGCAGUUCGAAAGCAGGCCAGUGCAAGUAGAUAAAUAGGUACCGCUCCGGCGGGAAGGUAAACGGUGUUUCCAUGCGCUGCUCUGGUUCGCCAGAAGUGGCUUAGUCAAGCACUGAGCAACAUACACUCAAAGUGAACAAGCAACAAAUCGAUUUGCGACUGGCCAAGCCCCUCCCCCUGUGGCAGCCAUCUUGUUCUGGCAACCACAAUAUGUUUAGGAAAUUCCAAAUGGGCACACGGACCCGGAAAGGUUGGGUUGCACUGAAGAGUUCAUACUGCCUUGACGGCUCUUCUUUUGAUACAUGUUUGUGUCCAUCUUGCUUUCAGAUCUUGGGGGACCUUUCUUGUACCGUGACCAGGAGGAGGAGGAGGGGGGUGGAGACAAGGCGUCCUACUCGCUGGAGACCCCCUACGGCUUCCUGCUGGAUCUCGACUUCCUCAAGUACGUCGACGAUAUCGAGAAAGGCCAAAGCUUCCGGAAGCUUCUGCCGCAGCGCAAGUCUAAGGGGGCCAAGCAGGCCCCAAACUCUUCCCGGGGCCAAACCAGUGGCUGGACUUCAACAGAGUCUCUUUCGUCGACCACCAGCGCGGAUCGGAAAGCAGCCUUCUCCCCACGCCACAGGCUGUGGGGUAGUUCCUCCGACAUCAAGGAGCCCGUGAGCAAACAGGCCUCGCUCCCCGUGUCUCCAUCUCCCAUCAUCCACCUCCUUCCUCCUCCUCCUCCCAAAUCGCUGACGAGGAACACACGAGUGGAAGAAACCUUGCAGGAGACGAGCAAGCGGUUGGAAGAACAGCAGCUGGGUCUGCGGGCAGGGGGACCCUCUGCAGCCAUUGGGGUUCCUGGUAGCCCCCCCAGGAUUGUGUCUCCUCAAGAUCACUCUCUGACCGGGGAAGGCCUUGCAGGCUCCGUCAAGUUAAGCCCCUCCAAUUCAGGAAGGAGCACGCCAGCCACAGCCGUCGGUCCUGCCCACCUCCAACACGUCCGUGAGCAGAUGGCCACAGCCCUCAGGCAGCUGAAGGAGAUGGAAGAACAAGUGAAGACCAUCCCCGUUCUAGAAAAGGAGGUUUGCAGGUUGAAGGAGGAGAAGGAGCAGCUGCUGGCCGGGCUGUGGGAAAAGCUGGAGAUGGACGGAGGCGAGACUUGUGUCUUCAACUUCCCACCCAAGUCUCCUAAGGCAGGGGCUCCCGACGAGGGCAAGGAAGGCUCUCGGGCCAGUGCCGAGGUCGAAAACGACAGCGAACCUUCGAAAGCGAGGACAAGUAAAAUCACCGAGUUGAAGAGACUGACGGAGAAACUGUCCGGUUCAGAAAGAGCCAGGAAGACGAGCAGAGGAGCAGCUCUUGCUUCCAAAACCGGAGAGCCCACGUGCCGGUCUGUUGGCGUCGGAGAAGAGGUGGACAUGAACGAGGUGGUCUUCUACUACCGGUUCCAGAAGCCGAGCCGAGAGGUGGCUGCCGGCCGAAAAGCUGACACCAAGGAUGCAGAGGUGUGGGUCAUGGAGUCCUUACUCGGGGUUUCGUCGGAGGCCGAGAAGGAAAUCCAGUUGCUUCAGCAGACAGUCCAGCAUCAACGAGAGGUCAUCUCCAUGCUGGAGGGACACCUGCAGGAGGCCAGCGAUGAGCUCGAGGAGCUGAGGGUGGAAGUUUGCUCAAGGUUGCCAAAGAGUUUGACCAGCAAGGAGACGAUGGCCCGGCCGCUGACCGUGGAGGCGAGCAUGGAAGCUGCUCCAGCCAUGCGGUGUCAAGCUGUGGGCAACCACAUCAAAAUGGUAGACAAGGCCGUCCACUGCAGUCCGCAAGUGACCAGUGUCGGAGUUGGCUGCAGCCUGCAAUCUCCAGAUGUUGCCCCUGUGCAAUGUGGGGGGAAAGCUGCCCAGAUUGUUCCGGAGGCAGAAAGCAAAGCCCUGAGGGAGGACGGCAGAUCCGCUCCAGGAGAGCCAGACCGCUGUACGGCUACAGACGCGUCUGUACCGGAAGAUGCAAAACCCGGAAAGCUGCUGGAAUGUGGAGUUACUGAAUCAUCCCUGCAAACAGAGAGUUUGGGUGUGAAUCUGGACUUGCUCCCUCAGUCCGUGACGAGGGACCAGGAGGAUGUGUGUGUGCAACGGGAUUCCGGAAAAAACCCCACAGGCGCUGGUGAGCCUCCUUCGGUUAAACACGGCUCAAAGCCCGAAUCUAUUUGCAACCUGCCUGAAAUCCAAAUGUUCCCAUUUCCACUGCUUUUGCAUCCGGGCAUACCUGGAGCUUGGGCUGGGUUUUAUUUAUUUAUUUCGGACCUCUGAGGAUGUGCAAAGUGUGCUUCCCUCCACACUGGGAGACCGCAGCUGGAGAUCUGGAGAUUUGGGCGGGGCGGGGGAGGCUUCCCUGUAUUUUCCAGUAAAGGAUCCAUUCCGCACCACUCAUGCCCUUCAAUGUGCUUCAGGGCGGUUCAGUUAAUUCUAGUGCAUUUUGUUCCUGCCUGGGAAGAACAGCUAGAGGGAAGAGGGGUGUGUUUGUUGUUUAGAAAUUAUCGUAUUUUUUGCUCUAUAAGACUCACUUUUUCCCUCCUAAAAAGUAAGGGGAAAUGUGCGUGCGUCUUAUGGAGCGAAUGCAGGCUGCAUAGCUAUCCCAGAAGCCAGAACAGCAAGAGGGAUUGCUGCUCUCACUGUGCAGCGAUCCCUCUUGCUGUUCUGGCUUCUGAGAUUCAGAAUAUUUUUUUCCUUGUUUUCCUACUCCAAAAACUGGGUGCGUCUUGUGGUCUGGUGCGUCUUAUAGAGCGAAAAAUACGGUAUUUCUUGUAACUGUUGAGUGGGUUUCUGUUUAACUUUUAUAUGUUAUUAUUAUUUUAUACUAUUCUAAUAAUUGUUGAAUGUUACUUUUUUGAUGUAGGUUGCUUAUUUUAAAGUUUUGUUUUAUUGUCGCAUUUUUGUAGUGCAUUAGAUUGUUUUGAGAGGUACAUUUUUUGGGUUCUUCAACUUGUAAACCGCCUUGAGUAUUGUAAGAUAGAAAGACAGUAUAUAAAUUUAAAAUGAUGUUGAUGUUGAUGAGGGAGCCUUAAGUAUAUCCUCGUGGGCAGAUCUUUUACCAGGAAGACUUGAGCCAUACAAUAACUGUGGAAGAAUCCUCAAGGUUCUCCCCCUGGUCCCAUGGCUAGAUUUCACCGUGCAGCUUAAAAACCACAACGGGGUCUAGAUAGGUACAGCCCCCGCCCCCCGCCAGCUGCUCAAAAUGGCAGAGCUUCUGCAAGUGCCUAAAAAACGUUCCUUCUUCUGCUUCUUCCCCCCCCAGGAGCCCUCAAAUCCAUCAUGAAGAAGCGAGGCAGCCCUACCAAGACGGAGGCAGGGAGUGGGAGGAAAAGCCUCCAGUUCGUGGGCUUUCUGAAUGGCGAGUACGAGUCUUUUUUGCUUCUUCUCUUUCGGGGGGUUGGGGGUUGGGAUGGCAGACGAGACCCAGGUGUCUUCGAUCCUGAAGUUUCAACUACAGUGGUACCUUGGGUUAAAUACUUAAUUCGUUCCAGAGGUCCGUUCUUAACCUGAAACUGUUCUUAACCUGAAGCACCACUUUAGCUAAUGGGGCCUCCUGCUGCUGCUGCACCACCGGAGCACAAUUUCUGUUCUCAUCCUGAAGCAAAGUUCUUAUCCUGAAGCACUAUUUCUGGGUAUGUAACCCGAGGUACCACUGUAUUUGGAGCCUGGAGAGAUAGCUGUGGGUUUAUAGCAGAGGUGGGGAAUCUAUAGCCCUACAGAUGUUAUUUAGUUAGGUAAAGGUAAAGGGACUCCUGACCGUUAAGUCGAGUCGCGGACAACUCUGGGGUUGCGGCACUCAUCUCGCUUUACUGGCCGAGGGAGCCGGCGUACAGCUUCUGGGUCGUGUGGCCAGCAUGACUAAGCCGCUUCUGGCGAACCAGAGCAGCGCACGGAAACGCCGUUUACCUUCCUGCCGGAGAGAUACCUAUUUAUCUACUUGCACUUUGACGUGCUUUCGAACUGCUAGGUUGGCAGGAGCAGGGACCGAGCAAUGGUGGUGGUGUUUGUUUUAAAAAAGCCUCAAAGUGGUUCACAAAGAGACUGACUGAAUCCUCAGCCUGUUCCAUAAUAAUAAUAAUAAUAAUUUUAUUAUUUAUACCCCGCCCAUUUAACUGGGCUUCCCCAGCCACUCUGGUUGGCUCCCAACAGAAUAUUUAAAACACGAUAAAACAUCAGACCUUAAAAACUUCUCUCAACUUCCCAGUGAUACCCUACAAGUCAAAACCCUAAGUCUCUGUCAUUAAAAACUACAGUGGUGCCCCGCAAGACGAAUGCCUCGCAAGACGGAAAACCCGCUAGACGAAAGGGUUUUCCAUUUUGGAGGUGCUUCGCAAAACAAAUUUCCUAUGGGCUUGCUUCGCAAGACGAAAAUGUCUUGCGAGUUCCUGCGGGAUUUUUUUCCUUCCCCCCCCCCCUUUUCCCCAAGCCGCUAAGCUGCUUAUCAGCUGAUCCGCUAAGCUGCUUAUCAGCUGAUCUGCUAAGCCGCUUAACAGCUGAUCGCUAAGCCGCUUAUCAGCUGAUCCGCUACGCCGCUUAACAGCUGAUCCGUUAAGCCACUAAGCCGCUUAUCAGCUGAUCCGCUAAGCCCGCUAAGCCGUUAAUAGCGCUAAUCCGCUAAACCGCUAAUGGGCUUGCUUCGCAAGACGAAAAAACCGCAAGACGAAGAGACUCGCGGAACGGAUUCUUUUCGUCUUGCGAGGCACCACUGUACAUGCUUCAGAAACCAUAUCUGAAUUAAAAGCCACAAACUACAUAAUGUAGACUGAACACUGUCAUAGUGCAAAACCACAGCAAUCAGACACUCAGGGCCGAUGUGUUCCUUCUAUGAUGAUUGCUUCUUAAGGGUCAGUACUUAAGACUCAGACACUACAGUGCCUUCAAAUACCCAUCUUGGCAUUCACCAUUUGCUUUUACCAUUAAAAAAACACAAAUUGAGGAGGGUUGCUUUGCAAAUGUCACCUGCUUUCUUUAACCAGCGCUUUGUGUUAAGGGGUGUGGGGAUUUUUGCCUGUUUUUUGUGUGCCACGGGUAUAUCUGAGCAUCGCCAUCUUUUAUUCUGUGAAAUGGGUUUGUUUUUUUGUGGUGCUCGUGACAUAUUUUCAAAUGUGCCCACAGGCCAGGGCAGUACCUAGGGGGUGGUGAGGUGGGCAAGCGGGGCAAAAUCGGCUUUACAAUAUGCCCAUAAAUAUGUCUAUAAAUAAAAAUGUCAAUUAUUGCCUCAUAUGAAAAGGUUUUAAGUAGAGGGUGAAUUGAAUGGGUGAAGGGGGGUGGUUUGGAGGAGAGGCAGAAAGAAGAGCUAAUUUGUCCGUGGCUAAGGGGCGCUGUAGGGAUGAUUGUGGGGUCCGGAGGGGUCAGGAGUACCUGGCUGUGUCCUUGCCUACAAGUUGCAUCCCUCAAGACCCCCGUUUUGAUCCCCCACAAUCUAUCCUGGCAGGUACGAGAGCACCUCGAGUGAGGAGGAGGAAGAGGAGGAAGAGGAAGAGGAGAGGUCCCCCAGGAAGGGCUCCCCGCUUGGCUUCGGCAGUGACACUCCCAGCACCACCGACGACGACGACGACUUGCCUUCCCGUGUGGACAGCAGCGGCAGCGAUUCAGAUACUCCCGUUUCGGGGGCAGCCCAGGAGGAGGCAAGGCUGAGCCACGAUCUGGAGGAAGCCGAAGAUGCAAACAGCUUGGGAGAAGCUUCCCCAGAAGUGAAGGAGAAGUAAGUCUUAAAAUCCAGGACACAGCAGCUCCACUUGCUACCGAUCUGUUUCGGGGCCUCAAUUAAAAGUGCUGGUUAUGCCCCACAAAUCCCUACAAGGUGAUCGGAAAUACCUUAUUCCUUCAGGCGAACCUGCCCUGGGCUCCGAGAUCUAUUGGGGAGGCUCUGCUCUCGCCCCCUCCACCCCAACAGGCCCUCUUGGUGGGGACACGAGAGAUGGCCUUCUCAGUGGUGGCUCCUCCCAGGCAACGUUGGAACUUCCUGCCUUGGAAAGCCAGACCGGUUCCUUCCUUGCUGCUCUUUUGCCAGCAAGUGAAGCACCUUCUUCUCCAACAGGCUUUUGGGAGCUGGCUGCUUUUAAGGAAAGGGCUGGUGGCGUGCUGUUUUUAAUGUAAUUGAUCUGUAUGUUUUUAAUAGACUGAGUGAGCGAGCGAGUUUUAAUUCUGUCAAUGUUUUUCUACGUUUUUAGCUGUUCUGGUUUUUAACCGUAAGCCGCCUUGGAGUUCCUGUCAGGGAAAAAUCGAGGCCACAAAUAAAUAUAUAACCAGAAUCAUAACUCCCUACACACAACUGAGAAAGGGGCAGAGGGAGGCAUGAGUUUUCUCUUCUGAUUUAAGGUCCGUCCACCCCUCAGCUUAAUGUAAAUUGCAAACCCCUCACACCUCUUUUUUUGUUUUCUGUUUUUUGCUUUUUAUUGGUUUUCUUACUUGAUGAAGAAACACACACAAUAAAAUAACCAAAAUAAUAAAAUGGCAACCACAACAACCAAAAGGGAAUAUAUACCGGUAUAUAUACAAAAAGCAUACAUACAAUCAUAAAUCCAUAAAUUCUUACGUACGGACUUCUGUCACCAUAUUCUUUAAUUCAUCAUCAUCAUCUAAUUCCAAUUCCUUUUCUUCUCUAACAGAAUUCCGUCCUCCACAACAUGGGUCUAUUUUGUCUAUUUGUUAAACUGCUCCUUUUAUCCUUUCUUCAUUUCUACUGUUUCCCACAUACAAUACUUGCAAUCCAUGUUGUGGUUUGUGAAAAUUAAUCAAAGCAAAUCCAGGUUUUGACUUGGGGACACUGUUUUGGUUUUUUUAGAUAAUCUCUGUAAAUUUCCUGUUCCUUUUGGAAUUUUUGGUUAGGCUGUCUCCGAAUCGCAUCCGUCCUUUUUGCCAAUUUGAGACAUUCAAAUAAUUUAUCCUGCCGUUCCUUUUUUUUGUUGGUACUAUUUCACUUUUCCAAUUUCUAGCUAUUAAUAUUCUUGCUGCUGUUGUAGCAUACAAGAAUAUUCUCUUUUUUUUCUUUCCCUCACGCCUCUUUUAAUCCCCUCUCAUUCACGCUAUCAGGGGCAGACGGGGGUCGUGUGUAUCUUCUCAAUGAUGGGUCUUCAAUUUUUGCACCCCGUGUGGGGGAAACCACCCACACCAGCCAAAAUCUGGCACUGAUCCUUCAACGAAUGCUCUUGUCCACGAUUUCUUCUCCCUUAAUCCAGGGAUGCCCUUGUUAGAAUUCCUGCUGCAUGAUUGCAGUCAUGGGAUUGUUGUCUUUCACAUGACGGUAUAUGUUUUGACUCCACAAAGUGGAAGUGACGGAGACAGGAUGUUUGUGUUACUGUGUUCCGUGAAGUGGGACUCUUGUCCUUUGUCCUUUUGUUGUCUGAUGCUAGAGAGAGAGGGAGCCAUGUUGCAGUGCCCAGUGUGUGUUUAUAGGUAAAUAAAGUAAAGGUAAAGGGACCCCUGACCAUUAGGUCCAGUCGUGGCUGACACUGGGGUUGCAGUGCUCAUCUCACUUUAUUGGCCGAGGGAGCCAGCGUACAGCUUCCGGGUCAUGUGGCCAGCAGGACUAAGCCGCUUCUGGCGAACCAGAGCAGCGCACGAAAACGCCGUUUACCUUCCCGCCGGGGCGGUACCUACCGUAUUUUUCGGACCAUAGGACGCACUUUUUCCCCUCCAAAAAUGAAGGGGAAAUGUGUGUGCGUCCUAUGGAGCGAAUGCAGACUCCUCGGCUUCAGCGAUAGCAAUGCGAAGCCUCCGAAGCCUGCGCUCCGGAGGCUUUGCGUUGCUUCCGCUGAAGCCAGGAGAGUCUGCUCUUUGAGGCUGGCGGUGGGGGAAAGCAGAGCUUCCCCCAUCGCCAGCCCCAGAGGAUGGGGGGCAGCGGGAAGGCGCGCGACGCCUUGCCGCGACCCUCCAACCCGGCUUCGAGGCUGGCGGUGGGGAAAGCAGCGCUUCCCCCAUCGCCAGCCCCAGAGGAUGGGGGGCAGCGGGAAGGCGCGCGACGCCUUGCCGCUACCCUCCAACCCUCCUUUGGGCUUUUGCGGGAGAUGGGGGAAUUCCCCCACCUCCCGCAAAAGCAGGCAAGCCGCACGCUCUUUAAAGGGGCUCGCGGCUUUCUAGGAGGUGGGGAAUUCCCCACCUCCUAGAAAAGCCUGCAGGAGCCGCACACCCUUUAAAGAGCAAGCGGCUCUUGGGGCUUUUUCCCAAGGAGGGAGACGGGACUGACUGGCCGAGUCAGUCCCUUCUCCCUCCUGCGGGCUUUUGGGGGAGAUGGGGGAAUUCCCCCACCUCCCGCAAAAGCCUCGUGCUCUUUAAAGGGCUCCGCGGCUUCUGCUGGCUUUUCUAGGAGGUGGGGAAUUCCUAGAAAAGCCCGCAGGAGCCGCACACCCUUUAAAGAGCGAGCCGCUCUUGGGGGCUUUUUCCCCGAGGAGGGACAAGGGACUGACUGGCCGAGUCAGUCCCUUCUCCCUCCUGCGGGCUUUGGGGAGAUGGGGAAUUCCCCCACCUCCCGCAAAGCCCGCAAAAGCCUCGUGCUCUUUAAAGGGGCUCCGCGGCUUCUGCGGGCUUUUCUACGAGGGGGGGGGAUUCCCCCACCUCCUAGAAAAGCCCGCAGGAGCCGCACACCCUUUAAAGAGCAAGCGGCUCUUGGGGGCUUUUCCCCAAGGAGGGAGAAGGGACUGACUGGCCGAGUCAGUCCCUUCUCCCUCCUGCGGGCUUUUGGGGGAGAUGGGGGAAUUCCCCCACCUCCCGCAAAAGCCUCGUGCUCUUUAAAGGGGCUCCGCGGCUUCUGCUGGCUUUUCUAGGAGGUGGGGGAAUUCCUAGAAAAGCCCGCAGGAGCCGCACACCCUUUAAAGAGCGAGCCGCUCUUGGGGGCUUUUCCCCGAGGAGGGACAAGGGACUGACUGGCCGUUUCAGUCCCUUCUCCCUCCUGGUCGAAAAGCCCGCAGGAGUCGCGCGGGGCUCCUGUGGGCUUUUGCGGGAGGUGGGGGAAUUCCGCCACCUCCCGCAAAAGCAGGGAGAAGGUCUUGGAGUAGAGGACAGGCUGCGUGCAGCCUGUCCGCUGCUCCCAGAGCUGCGGGGGGGGAAUCAUAUUUUUUUCCUUGAUUUCCCCCCCUGAAAACUAGGUGCGUCCUAUGGGCCGGUGCAUCCUAUAGUCCGAAAAAUACGGUAUUUAUCUACUUGCACUUUGACAUGCUUUCGAACUGCUAGGUUAGCAGGAGCAGGGACCGAGCAACGGGAGCUCACCCCGUCGCGGGGAUUCGAGUCGCUGACCUUCUGAUCGGCAAGUCCUAGGCUCUGUGGUUUAACCCGCAGCGCCACCCGCAUCCCGUAAAUAAAGUAGAUUAGCCAAAAUGCUGAGUUGCUGAGGUCUGUUACGCAUGAUGGGCAAACUCUGCGGAUCCCUAAGGGUGCCGAUGUCUGUUGGCAUCGGUCGCUGUGAUAUUCGGGCUGAAGAAGGCUUAUGAAGUUCCCAAACAAUGGACCAGGAGGGAGAGAACAUGCCAGUCGGGCAUGUGUCUCUGCCAGGGUCCUACUCGAGUGUAGGCUGAGCUCCUGACAGCCCGAUGCUUCAAAAAUUCCUAUAGGAGAGCUACUUCGAUCGCGUAGGGAAUUAUAAAACAUGACCGUUGCGAGAAGACACCCUCAGAAGGUGGUGGACUCUCCUUCCUUGGAGGUUUUCAAAGCAGAUGAUGGAUGACCAUCUGUCACGGAUGCUUCAGCUGAGAUUCCUUCAUUGCAGGGGGUUGGGCUGGAUGACCCCUGGGGGUCCCUUCCAACUCAAUGGAAGCUCAAAAGCUGUUUCCUUUGACAGGUUUGAGCUGAGUCCCCGGCUGAGGGACGCUUGUCUCCUGGUGAGGAGCCACCUGGCCAGAGAUGGCGCCGCUCCGAAGAGCAAAGAGGUGGUGAGUUGGGGCCGAUUGACCACUCGGAGGGAGCAUCGACAUUAACAUAUUAUUAUUAUUAUUAUUAUUAUUAUUAUUUGCAUUAAAUAACACAAUCACCCUCCGAAGGUGGUGAACAGAGCUUCGUAAGGCUUCCAUAAGCUAGUGUGGUGUAGUAGUCAGAGUGUGGGGGCUAGAGCCGAGUUCGAAUCCUCACUCCGCCAUUAAGCUCACUGGGUAACCCCUUCGGUGCCAUUAGCUGCAUCUUUCCACCUAUCUCACAGGGUCGUUGCGAGGAUAAAAUGGAGAGCGGACAAGCUAGGUAUGUCACCUUUCGCACCUUAGAGGAAAGGUGGAAUGAUUUGUUUAUUGUCAUUUUAAUUAGUUUUAAAGGUAAAGGGACCACUGACCAUUAGGUCCAGUCGUGGAUGACUCUGGGGUUGCGGCGCUCAUCUCGCUUUAUUGGCCAAGGGAGCCGGCGUACAGCUUCCGGGUCAUGUGGCCAGCAUGACUAAGCCGCUUCUGGCGAACCAGAGCAGCGCACGAAAACGCCAUUUACCUUCCCGCUGGAGUGGUACCUAUUUAUCUACUUGCACUUUGACGUGCUUUCGAACUGCUAGGUUGGCAGGAGCUGGGACCGAGCAACGGGAGCUCACCCCGUCGCGGGGAUUCGAACCGCUGACCUUCUGAUCGGCAAGUCCCAAGCUCUGUGGUUUAACCCACAGCGCCACCUGCGUCCCAUACUUAGUUUUAUACAGCAACAAUUAAAUUCUGGGUUAUAUCCAAUAGCGCCUGUCAGCUGACUGUGGAAUGAGGACCGGAUCACUCUUUCUUCUGCAUCAAAGCACCCCGCUUCCCCCAAAAAUGCACCCCUAAAACCUGCUCCAAAGGGUUAUGUGGCUGGGGAAACCCAUCCAGAUGGUCAGGGUAAUAAUAAUAAUAAUACUGUUAUUGGAAGGGGGGCCUUUUCCACUUGUAUUUUUCAAGGAUCGGGGCCACUUAUGGCAGUGCGCACUCCCAGAACCCCACACAAGUGUCCAGCCAAGAUGGGGGUCCAGAUCCGUGCUCAAAUGCAAGUUUUGCUGGGCCUAGUCUACCUCGCAGGGUUGCAGCGAGGAUUUUGGGGGGGGAAAGGGAUCGAAACCGCUCCUCUGUUUUGGCUUCCAGCUUUCCAGCUCCAGCCUCCUCCUCCAGGAAUGGUUCCGGCUGUCCAGCCAAAAGGCCUCUCUGGCCGGAGAGGUGGCCCAGCACCUGAUGGCGUUUGCCGAAAUCUCCCCCGCGUUACUGACGCACGUCGUCAACCUCUCCGACGGCAAUGGCAACACCGCCCUUCACUACAGCGUCUCGCAUUCCAACUUCGACAUCGUCCAGCUUUUGCUGGACACAGGUGAGUGGCCCCAAGGUCAGGGGUCGCCAACGUAGUCCUCCUGCAGCCAGGAAUGGAGGAGAAAUCCUGUUCCGUUUGCGUUUAAAGGAGAAUUAGUCUAAUUCAGACCUCAUUUUUGUAAUUAUAUAUAUCUAGAGAGAGAGAGUUUCUCUAUAAAAGUUGCAUUUGUUAUUCAACAAAACGAGUGUGACUUCCCACUCACGCAGCAUCGAUGUUCACAAUUCAAAUUACAUGCAAUCGCUCCAUCUUAUCUAAUUUCUUUUUUUUUAAAUGAUAUUUAUUGAAAAUUUUUUAGAGUUACAAAAGAGAACAAAGCAGAAAAAGAAAAAGAAAAAACAAAGAAAAAACAAACCACAUCAAACAAUACAAAUUCAAAAAACAAAAAUACACCACAAACACACAAAAACAAACCCAUCAUUCUCGAAUCCUCAACUUUCAUUACCUUCUUUCUUUGACCUCCUCCUCCUCCCUUUUUUUGUAUCCUAGUUGUUAAUUGUCGCAGCAAAUCCUUUCCAUAUUUCAUAAUAUUCUGUCAUUACAUUACCUUAAUCUAUUUUCAUCUUAUCUUAUAAAGAACCUUAAAACUUAAAACUUAAAUCUUAUUUUUACCAACUUCUCAUAACCAUAAUAUUCUUACAUAAUUCUUUAAACAUUUUUGCUAACGCCAAGUAAUUUCGUUCCAACAUUUUUCUAACAUUCAUCAAUUUUAUAAAACAAUCCUAGUAAUAAAAAAAAAGAAAUAAAAACAAUCCAAUCUUAUCUAAUUUCAUCCUCUCUAAUGUGUUUCUUGGGACGCUGUGGGUUAAGCCACAGAGCCUAGGACUUGCCAAUCAGAAGGUCAGCGGUUCGAAUCUCCGUGACGGGGUGAGCUCCCGUUGCUCGGUCCCAGCUCCUGCCAACCUAGCAGUUCAAAAGCACGUCAAGUGCAAGUAGAUAAAUAGGUACCGCUCCGGCGGGAAGGCAAACGCGUUUCCAUGCGCUGCUCUGGUUUGCCAGAAGCGGCUUAGUCCUGCUGGCCACAUGACCCAGAAGCUGUACACUGGCUCCCUCAGCCAAUAAAGUGAGAUGAGCGCCGCAACCCCAGAGUCGGCUGCAACUGGACCUAAUGGUCAGGGGUCCCUUUACCUUUUUACCUUAAUGUGUUUCUUAAUUUAUUCUGCCGCUUUCUUACACUUCAAACCCCGCUGGGGUCUUCACAUUUAUAGGAAAUAACUUUUUAUAUACACUAGAAUCUCUGCAUAUUCCAAGAUUUUCACCAACCGUUCUUCCUUUUAGGGUGAGUUCUCUCCUCCUCCCAUUUCUGAGCAUAGAGAAUCCCUGCUGCUGUAGUCACAUACAUAAAUGCCGUCGAUUUCGCUGUUUAGUGUCCCCAGCAGGAAGCAUUCUGACCUCUUGGGGGGAAAGUCAUUUUGAAAAUUUUCUUAAUUGCAUUAUAUAUCAUGUUCCCAAAGGAACAUUUCUUCUCAAAGCUUCUCCUUUUUUAUGUCCAUGGAGUUUUCUUGGCAAAAUACUGGAGUGGAUUGCCAGUUCCUUCUCCAGGUGGAUCACAUUUAGUCUAAACCAGGGGUACGGGUGGCUCUGUGGGUUAAACCACAGAGCCUAGGACUUGCUGAUCCGAAGGUCGGUAGUUUGAAUCCCCGUGACGGGGUGAGCUCCCGUUGCUCAGUCCCUGCUCCUGCCAACCUAGCAGUUCAAAAGCACACCAGUGCAAGUAGAUAAAUUGGUACCGCUCCAGCGGGAAGGUAAACGGCGUUUCCAUGCGCUGCUCUGGUUCGCCAGAAGCGGCUUCGUCAUGCUGGCCACAUGACCCGGAAGCUGUACGCCGGCUCCCUCGGCCAAUAAAGCAAGAUGAGCGCCGCAACCCCAGAGUCGGUCACGACUGGACCUAAUGGUCAGGGGUCCCUUUACCUUUACCUAGGGGUAGGCAACCUAAGGCCCAGGGGCCGAAUGCGGCCUAAUCCCCUUCUAAAUCUGGCCUGCGGACGGUCCGGGAAUCAGCAUGUUUUUACAUGAGCAAAAUGUCUUUUUAUUUAAAACGCAUCUCUGGGUUAUUUGUGGGGCCUGCCUGGUGUUUUUACAUGAAUAGAAAGUGUGCUUUUAUUUAAAAUGCAUCUCUGAUUCCCGGACCGUCCCCGAGCCGGACUUAGACAGCCAUGAGUAGAGUACUUGCAUCAGUUUCUUGCAUUUUUUCUCCUCGUCUCCCCAGGGAUCUGUAAUGUUAACUACCAGAACAAAGCUGGCUACACAGCUCUGAUGUUAACUGCACUAGCAACUGUACAGCAGGAAGAGGAAAUGGCCGUUGUCCGGAGACUUUUUGGCAUGGGGAAUGUCAAUGCGAAAGCUAGCCAGGUAUGUAUGGGGUUUUUCAGGGAGGGGGGUGGGGAGCAGCAACCAGCCCCUCUGCUAUUGGACAGCAGGAAACUGAGAAGCCUAGGCAGUCGGCGCAUGCUCAGAGGCACACUGGAAUACUGCACAUGAUCAUCAUUAUUGCAUUGUAUUAUUAUCAUCAUAUUCUAGCUAGGAAGGAGCAAGCAGAAUAUAAAUUGGAAGAAUGGUAUAAAGAGGCGUACGAUAUAGCUAUUAAUGAUAAAUCAACAUGUUCCAUUAAGGUUAAGAUGGGGAAUACGCAGGAGAAAUGAUUUGGAGGAGAUAAGGAAGUUGUUUGUAGAAUUUGUACGGUUAGAAAGUGGUGAAACCAUCGCCAGAGGUGUUGAAAUUUUGGGAGGCUGGAUAAUUACAGUGGAACGGUCUUGAGGGUAGGGUGCGCAUUUUUAUUCUUAUCUAUUUGUGAUUAUUACUUUGUCAAAACAAAAUUGGAAAUUGGAAAAAGAAAAGAAAAAGAUGAAAGGAAAAAGGCCAAAAUGUCAGUGGCAAUUACCGUACUUUUCGCUCCAUAGGACGCACCUUUUUCCUUCCUAAAAAAUAAGGGGAAAUCUCUGUGCAUCUAUGGAGCAAAUGUGUGGUCCCUGGAGCCAAAUUGCCUAGGGGCGAAAAGCAGAUCAUGCUUUUUUUUUUUUUUUAGAAAGAGGGCAGUGGGUGUUGAAACAAAGCCGCUGAGCAGCUGAUUGGCAAGCGAUCGGGAGGGAGAUAAGGGAGGCUAGCGAUAAAGGAGGCUGCCUGGGAGCGGGGAGGUAAAAGCCCAUGGAUCCUCAGGAUUUUUGCACUGGGUCACCCCAAAUUCACCAUCAGAUCACAUAGCAUGCCCAUGGCUACAGUCUGCACCAAAAAAACCCACGCAUCCACUGUUUCAUGGGGCCGCAAUGACGCAAAAAUGUGGUUACAAAGCCUGGAUCCACGUGGAUCCUCAGGAUUUUUGCACUGGGCUACCCCAUACUCACCGUCAAACCACAUAUCAUGUCUGUGGCCACAGCAUGAACCACAAAAAUCAUACAUCCACUGUUUUGUUCAGAAUAUUUUAUUUCUUGUCUUCCUCCUCUAAAAACUAGGUGCGUCUUAUGGAGCGAAAAAUACGGUAUUUAUACUGUGAAUAAUUAUUACUAGAAUAAGAAAGUGCUUUUGGGGUUGAGAAUAAAAUUAAACAAGAUCGGAGGAAUCUCACUGGACACCCUGUGCUGGUCAUUGGGAAAAUCCUGCGUUUGCGCUAAUGAAACGGAAGAUUUGAGAACGAUAAGAAAGUGCUUUUCAACAUUUUUUUGUCUGUGUCGCUCCAGGCUGGCCAGACGGCCCUGAUGCUUGCUGUCAGCCACGGGAGGCAGGAGAUGGUGGAGGCCCUGCUGUCCUGUGGGGCGGACAUCAACCUUCAAGAUGAAGAGGGGUCCACUGCACUCAUGUGCGCCUGCGAACACGGGCGGGCAGGCACCGUCAGGCUGCUGCUGACUCAGCCGGACUGCGACGCUUCCACCGUGGAUAAUGUAAGUGUUAUGUACUGAGUUGAAUAGGAUCCAAAAGGCAGGAGUCUGAUUGCUCCUAGAACUUUUGUUGUUUAGUCGUGUCCGACUCUUCGUGACCCCCUGGACCAGAGCACGCCAGGCACUCCUGUCUUCCACUGCCUCCCGCAGUUUGGUCAGACUCAUGUUGGUAGCCUCGAGAACACUGUCCCACCAUCUCGUCCUCUGUCGGCCCCUUCUCCUUGUGCCCUCCAUCUUUCCCAGCAUCAGGGUCUUUUCCAGGGAGUCUUCUCUACUCAUGAGGUGGCCAAAGUCUUGGAGCCUCAGCUUCACGAUCUGUCCUUCCAGUGAGCACCCAGGGCUGAUUUCCUUAAGAAUGGAUACGUUUGAUCUUCAUGGGACUCUCAAGAGUCUCCUCCAGCAGCAUAAUUCAAAAGCAUCGAUUCUUUAGCGAUCAGCCUUUUUUAUGGUCCAGCUCUCACUUCCAUACAUCACUACUGGGAAAACCAUAUCUUUAACUAUACGGACCUUUGUCGGCAAGGUGAUGUCUCUGCUUUUUAAGAUGUUGUCUAGGUUUGUCAUCACUUUUCUCCCAAGAAGCAGGUGUCUUUUAAUUUCGUGACCGCUGUCACCAUCUGCAGUGAUCAUGGAGCCCAAGAAAGUAAAAUCUCUCACUGUCUCCAUUUCUCCCCCUUCUAUUUGCCAGGAGGUGAUGGGACCAGUGGCCAUGAUCUUCGUUUUUUUAGCUUCAGACCAUAUUUUGCGCUCUCCUCUUUCACCCUCAUUAAAAGGUUCUUUAAUUCCUCUUCACUUUCUGCCAUCAAUGUUGUGUCAUCUGCAUAUCUGAGGUUGUUGAUAUUUCUUCCAGCAAUCUUAAUUCCGGCUAGGAACAGCAGUCUGAUUGGCCCUAGAACAAUAGGAUUCAGAAUGCAGCAGUCUGAUUGGCCCUAGAACAAUAGGAUCCAGACUGCAGCAGCCUGAUUGGUCCUAGAACAAUAGGAUCCAGAAUGCAGCAGCCUGAUUGGUCCUAGAACAAAAGGACCCAGAAUGCAGCAGUCUGAUUGGUCCUAGAACAAAAGGACCCAGAAUGCAGCAGUCUGAUUGGUCCUAGAACAAUAGGAUCCAGAAUCCUGCAGUCUGAUUGGUCCUAGAACAAUAGGGUCCAGAAUGCAGCAGCCUGAUUGGUCCUUGAACAAAAGGACCCAGAAUGCAGCAGUCUGACUGGCCCUAGAACAAUAGGAUUCAGAAUGCAGCAGCCUGAUUGCCCCUAGAACAAUAGGAUCCAGAAUGCAGCAGUCUGAUUGGUCCUAGAACAACAGGACCCAGAAUGCAGCAGCCUGAUUGGUCCUAGAACAACAGGACCCAGAAUGCAGCAGCCUGAUUGGUCCUAGAACAACAGGACCCAGAAUGCAGCAGUCUGAUUGGCCCUAGAACAAUAGGAUCCAGAAUGCAGCAGCCUGAUUGGUCCUAGAACAAUAGGAUUCAGAAUGCAGCAGCCUGAUUGGUCCUAGAACAAUAGGACCCACAAUGCAGCAGUCUGAUUGGUCCACAGGAGCUACCCAAUCCAGCUCCAGGUGGAAGUGAAUCCGCAACCUGAAUGGCCUACAGGAGAAUCCCGGAAUUAGCCAAUCACGUGGGGCCCAUUGUGUAAAUAAUGUAUAUACGGCAGACAUUCUGGGGGAACUUCCAUUCCUCCUCACCACUAUGAGCUGAAUUAAAGAGCAUGAAAUCCACUCUCGACUCUGAGUAUAUUUCAGUAAGCAGCUAGGUUGCUCUGCACAGGGAGCUUCGGGUUCCCCCCACUUCAAGCUCCUAGUCCUCAUGGUCCCUUUCAAUAUAUUCUUUUAAAAAAUAUUUUUUAUUAGUUUUCCAUUUAAUUAUAUACAAUCACAUCAUUGGUAUUCACUUUGGCUCUUUAUUUUUAUGAAUAUAUUUUUUAUUAAACCAUUUUAACAAAACAAAUUAUCAAACAAAAUAACCAAUUACAUCCCCCCCACCCCCUAAGGACUUCCCUCAGCUCCCCUCUCUGAUUUGUUUGCACAUAUUAUUCUCUGCAUGUUAAAAAUUGUACAUAUCAGUGCCUUAUCUGUCAUAUAUUCUACUAAUAAAUUUGUGGAUGUUUAUUCAAAACCUGCCAAGGAGUCCAAAUCAUUUUGUUGUUUUUUUAAGAUAGUUUGUAAAAAGUUCCCAUUCUUCCUUGAAGUCACAAUUGCCCCUUCUCAUGUAAUUUAUAUGUCAACUUUGCCAACUCCGCAUAACUCAUCGAUUUUUCUUGCCAUUGUUCUUUCGCUGGGGUUUCCUCAUUCUUCCAUCCUUGUGCUAACAAGACUCUUGCCGCUGUUGUUGCAUACAUAAAUAAAUUCUUCAUUUUUCUUGGCAGGGCUCGUCCUAAAAUCCCUAGCAAAAACGCUUGGAGCAUUUGUGCCUCCCAAAAUGCUGCCCAAAGAGGCUUACGUGCAACAACAAAAAAAUGACGCCUCAGAAAAAAACCCCACACGCAGCACACAAGGGGAAAGGAACAAGGAGGGAAGAGGAAAACUCAGGCACCCGUUUCUUAAAGAGUUGUUCCCAUCAUGACCAGCUGGCCCAGUUCAGGGGCUGGGGAUUCCUGGUGGAGCCGGGCAACCCCUAAACCUGAAGCAAUGAGGUUCUGCUGCUUCCUAUCUCUGAGGCGGCCAUCUCACGCGGCAGUUGCGGGGAGAAUAGACCUGCCACAUUUCGCCCUGUAGGUGGUUCUGUUUCUGUGUAGCUAAACAGGGCAUCUUCCAGCCUUGUUUUACGUGUGUUUUGCCUCCCCUCCCGUCUGUAGGAAGGCAACGACGCUGUUUCCAUCGCUCUAGAAGCUGGUCAUCAUGACAUAGCGGCGUUGAUAUCUACCCGUCUCGCCCAGUCAGCAGCCUGCUCACCUAGUGAGUCAGCCCUGUUCUCUCUCCCCCCCCCACCAACUUCAUAAUUUUAUUAAAUUUUCUGUUUUACAAUUUAAAGUUUGUGAUUUUUGACUGCAACCCAGUCAGAUGGGCGGCAUGUAAGUAAGUAAAUUAGUAAGUAAUAAUUAUUGUUUCAAGGGACGCGGGUGGCGCUGUGGGUUAAACCACAGAGCCUAGGACCACAGAAGGUUGGCGGUUCGAAUCCCCGCGACGGGGUGAGCUCCCGUUGCUCGGUCCCUGCUCCUGCCCACCUAGCAGUUCGAAAGCACGUCAAAGUGCAAGUAGAUAAAUAGGUACCGCUCCAGCGGGAAGGGAAACGGUGUUUCCGUGUGCUGUUCUGGUUCGCCAGAAGCGGCUUAGUCAUGCUGGCCACAGGACCCGGAAGCUGAACGCCGGCUCCCUCAUCCAGUAAAGCGAGAUGAGCGCCGCAACCCCAGAGUUGGCCACGACUGGACCUAAUGGUCAGGGGUCCUUUACGUUUAAUUACUGUUUCAGUAACUGCUAUGCGUCCGUCCCCCCCUUUUGUUUUUUUCUGCAUACAGAUUGAUUUGAUUUGAUUAUAUUUCUACAGGACAGGGACAGGAUCAUUCCCAGCAGUGA